UAUUAUUUAUUUAAUUUCAGGAUUUUGAUUUUACUGUGUAUGGAAAGGAAAACAGAAUGACCCGGAAGUCUCCAGUCAAGAAGCCGCCGACGACGGUCAAGAAAACUGUUUCAAAGAAACGAAAACUUGAUCUCAAUCCAUCCCAAGUUAAGAAGAUGAAACCGAAUAUUGAGAAACCUGUUUCAAGGUCAGCUGAUCCUGUCGUAGUUAAGUUCAACUUUAAACCACCGAAACGAAAACGAGCAGAUUCUGAGUUAAGUAUUGAUCUAGCAGAGCUUGAGUCCCACCCCUACCAACCCUGCACACCGGUUAAAAAGAUCAAAUUAAAUUCAGAAAAGAAAGAGAAGAUUAAACCUGCCAAAAAGAAAGAUGAUCAGGGUAAAACUAAGAAAACGGUGAAAACGGUGAAAUCUCCGUCUAAAGCUCUCAAAUCACUUACUAAAUCUGAAAAAUCGCCAGAUAAAUCUGCAAAGUCGCCAGCUAAAUCUGCAAAAUCACCAGCUAAACUGGCAAAAUCGCCAGCUAAAGCAGUAAAAUCAUCGCCCAUUAAAGCUACCAAUUCACCAGCUAAAGCAGCAAAAUCACCGUCUAAAUCUGCUAAAUCUCCUAAAUCACCAACUAAAUUGGCUGAAUCCCAAGCUAUAGCUCCUAAAUCACCAGCCAAAGCUUAUAAAUCGCCAGCCAAAACUCCUAAAUCACCAGCCAAAGCUCCUAAAUCGCCGACUAAAGCAGUCCAAUCACCAACAAAAGUGACCAAAUCACCAGUUAAAGUGGUGAAGUCCCCUGCUAAGGUGAUUAAAUGCCCAACUGAAGCGUUAAAAUCGCCAACCAAAGUACCCCAAUCACCGGUUAAAGCUUCGGAAUCUCCAUCCAAGGCCACUAAAAAAUCAAGUCUAGUUAAAUCACCCAACAAAAAAUCUUCAAUGAAAGACUCGAAGAAGAGUGUUAACACUUCAAAAACGAAGAAAUCCGAGAAACCCCUCGCUGGCAAAUCUCCGAAACCGAAGAAAGCUGUGACUGAAAAAUCUCCCAAAGUUCGGAAGGUUCCUGUUGGGAAAUCUCCCAAAAAUUCAGUUCUUGAUAAAAGCCAGCGCACCAUGAUGUAUUUUUUCAAAAAAGUAGAGUCUAAGUAAACGUAUGUUAAUUUGUUGACGGGCAUGUUAUCAAGACAAACAGCAUGUUUAGUUUUAAAAUUCUAGAUUAUUUAAAAUUUUUAUUUUGAAACAUCAUAUAAAUUAUAAGUUUUAUUACGAUACGAAUAUGAUAAACCAUGUCUUUUUAUCACUUUUCGUCGGUUUUAAUUUAAUACUAAAAUUUAAAAUCUUAAAAUUGAAGUUUUCCAAUAAUUUCAAGCAUGUAUGUAUAUUUUAUUUCUUCCAUGAAAAUUGUACAGUGUACAUAGUAAGCAUGUAAAAAUAUGAAAAUUAAUCUACAAUGUUUCCAAAACUGAAUUGCCCGUGAAAGCAAUCUGCGCCUGUAGUUUAGUACAAAUACUGUUUUCAGAGUAAUUAAUCAAUGAAUGAAAAUAGUUUAUUUUAUAAAAUUGGUUUUAUGAUAAAUAAAUUAAUAUUAAAUAUA